CGAUUUUCUCUUUCUAAACCCCUAACCCUCAAAGCCUCCUUUUGUUGAGCCCCCCAUCGCGAGAUCUAUCGAAGAAUCCUCGGGUCGGUUAUUAAAUGGAUGAGACAAAAGAGAAAGACGAUUCUGUGAGUGUUGCUACAGAAUCUUCGUUAACUGCUAGUGAAACUGUUGUUGAGACUAUGGUUUGCGAGGGUCAAAUUCCAAUGGAUGAAGGAGGGGAAGAGGGUCCUAGUAAUGGAGAUGACAUAAUGGUGGAAGUUUUGGGUUCUCAUGUUUAUGUAGAUGGUAUUUGUACUACUGAUGGGAGAGAUGGAGGUAUUAUUGGGACCGAUUCGAAUUAUGAAGCGGUUCAUGGUCAUGGUGACUCUGGCGAAGUUUGUAUGGAGGGUAAUCUGCGAAACUUGGAUAGUGAAGGUGACAAAGCUGGUGAUUUGGGUUCAAGAAAUGAGGUUUCUGUUUAUGAAGCUGAGGCCGGUAAUAAGGUAAGUGGUGCUGAGGCUGAAGAUGGUGAGAAAAUGGAACAUACUAAUGGAACGGAUGAAAGUGGGGGAGAUGCAAAUCAAACUUUGGAGGCACAAAAGGUUUAUGAAUCAGAUGGUAAUGACUUAAAUCAUGGAAAACAGAAAGCUGUUGAAUGUUCAUCCGUUGCGUCCAAAGGUUCAAUGGUUCAAACUGAAGUUGUCGAGGAAGCUGCAAUGAUGAUCGGUGGGGACAAUUUGAAUACUCUGGAUGGUUCUUGUGAAGCUAUAUCCGACACAAGGAAGGAAGCUGCUGAUGUUGGUGUAGAUGCCAAGUCGUCGGAUGUGAAGACAAAGAUUACCGUAGAAGAUGUUCCCUAUUCUGGUGCAAAAGAUGCGGUUUAUUCAUGUCAAUCAACUGAAUUGGUUGUUGAAUGUGGGUUGGAUGAGAAGGAUAAUGCAAACAUGGAAACAAAGCAAGGUGCUGAUUAUGAACAAAGGCAUAUGGAAGUUGAUAUUCCUUAUAAUAGCUCUGAAAAUCAUGCAGCCUCAAAAGCUGAUAACAAUGUUUUGAACCAAGUACAUUCCUCACAUUCUUUGGGAAAUGAAAAUCCACUAGCUGAGAAUGCAGCUUCUAAGGAUGAUUCAUGUGCAGCACAAGAUAUGAAUGGUGAAGAACAAGUAACUAGUGAUGAACAUGAUGGUUUAGACCAAUUGCAAGAAAUGGAAGUUGAAGAACAUGAUUCUGAUCCUGAACAGCCAACAGAAUUCGAUGAAAAGUCUGUUAAACGAAUGCUUCUAAGGUCUGCGAGUACAAUAAAGGUGCAUCAAGCGAGGUACCAGCUGCAGCUAGAGGAAGAAGGUGAAUUGUCUGUUUCUGAUUUAGUCUGGGGAAAGGUGAGGAGCCAUCCAUGGUGGCCAGGGCAGAUCUUUGAUACAUCAGAUGCUUCUGAGAAGGCGGUUAAGUAUCAUAAGAAGGAUACCUUUCUGGUAGCCUACUUUGAUCGGACAUUUGCUUGGAAUGAAGCUUCUGUUUUGAAGCCAUUUCGACCACAUUUCUCUCAGAUUGAAAAACAGAGUAAUUCAGAAUCAUUCCACAAUGCAGUUGAUUGUGCUUUGGAAGAAGUGUCUAGACGGACAGAGCUAGGUUUGGCGUGCUCUUGCAUACAACAGGAUGUUUAUGACGGGAUAAAAUUCCAAAAAGUUGAGAAUGCAGGUGUUCGACAAGAAUCAAGCAUAAGAGAUGUUGUUGAUAAGUCUUUGAGUGCUAGUUCUUUCAAACCUGAUAAAUUAGUUGGCUAUAUGAAGGUAUUAGCAGAGUCUCCUGCAGCUGGAGGUGAUCGACUCGAUCUUGUGAUUGCUAAAGCUCAAUUGUUGGCUUUCUAUCGUUUAAAAGGUUAUCAUCAGUUGCCCGAAUUCCAAUCCUGUGGAGAUUUAAGUGAAAAUGAAACAAACAACUCACAUUCUGAAGACAAAAUGCACUUCGGUGAGGUAAUUGAGCAUUGUACACCUAUGGAUACCGACGGUGAGCAAAUUUUCAGUGGCGAAGAAGCUUCAAAAACUAAGAGAAACUAUUACCUUAAGCGUAAGCAUAAUCUGAAGGAUGGGUUGUAUCCUAGUAAAAGGGAAAGAAGCUUGACUGAACUGAUGGAUGAGACAUUUGAUUCUCCUGAUGCUGAAAAUGGGCCUGAUGGGAUGGUUAAUAAGCUCCCUUCAUCAUCUUUUGGCAAGAAAAUAAAAACUGUUGAUUCCUUUGAGGACUCAAUGCAAGACGGGAAGAAGACAAUUUCUCUUGCCAAGGUGUCUCAAACUCCACCUCAUUUCCCAAGGCCUUCCUUUAAAAUUGGUGAAUGUAUCCGUAGAGCUGCGAGUCAAAUGACAGGAUCUCCAUCGAUUCUGAAGUCCAGUGGUGAUAAGUUACAGAAGUUUGAUGGAGGCAAUGUAUAUCCUGCUGCUGAUGGAAUUGAUGUUCCCAUUGAGAAUUUUGAGGAUGCGCUGCAAAAGAUGAUGAGUUUUAUGGCAGAUUACUCAUCACUAGAGGAGUUGUUAUCACAACUUCACCAGGCAGCAUGCGAUCCAAUGAAAAGUUCUUUUAGUUUAAUUGUCAACUUCUUCUCUAAUUUCAGAGAUUCAAUUGUUGUGGAUCAACAUGCUGUGGAAAAAGUAAGUGACAAAAGGAAGAAAUCCCCCAAUUCUAUUUUUGGUUCUCCAGAAACUUUCGAGUUCGAUGACAUGAAUGACACUUAUUGGACUGACAGAAUAGUUCAAAAUGGUUCUGAAGAGCAACCACCCCAUGGAAAUGGAAAGGAACAAUAUCAAAUAGUGCCUGCUCAAUUAGAGAAGCCACUUCAAAAAGGCCGUAAGUCUCGAAAACGGUAUUCUGAUGGUAAUCAUGAUCUGACAACUCGGAAACCCCCUGGCUAUGUUAAUGAGAGGGCUCCAGCAGAACUUGUUAUGAACUUCACUGAGAUUAAUUCUGUCCCUUCAACAAAGCUAAAUAAGAUGUUCAAGCACUUUGGACCACUAAAGGAAUCUGAAACAGAAGUUGAUCGCGAAACCAGCCGUGCAAGAGUUGUUUUUAGAAGAUCGUCUGAUGCUGAAGUUGCCUACAAUAGUGCUGGAAAGUUCAACAUCUUUGGGCCAGUGGCUGUAAAUUAUCAACUCAACUACACUAUAUCUGAAUCAUUCAAAGCUUCAUUGUAUGCUCCGACCCUAGCUGAAGAGAAUAUACUUAUGUCUUCAUCCCUAUGUGCGGACCAUGCUCUUGUUGUAUCAACCCUGGGCGAGGAAACUUCUCACUUUCCCCCAAGUCUAGGUGAGGAAGCUUCAUUCAUGGUUUCAACCCUCGGUGAGGAAACUUUACCCAUUGUUACAACUUUCCAUGAGGAACUUCACGCAUCCUUUGGUGAGGGUUCUUCAGGCGUUGCCACAAGCAUGUAUGAGGAGACAAUGUCCAUUUCCACAAGCAUGUUUGAGGAUACAUUGCCCAUUGCCACAAGCAUGUAUGAGGGAGCAAUGGAUGUUUCUAGAACUAUUGGUGACCAAACUUUUAUGGUUACAACUGUAGGCGAACAAUUUUCAACAGUUGUCACAACCAUUAGUGAGCGAACCUCAACAGUUGUUUCAACGUUUGAGGAAGCUUAUCCCUUCUCCGCAACCGUGAGCCAAGAAACUUCGACCAUCACCACAAACUUGGGCGAGGAAACUUCAGCAGUUAAUGUAAGCUUGGGUGGAGAAAAUUCAUGCUUUGUUACCAGAGGUCAAGAAACUUCAACCAUUCCCACAACAUUUGGUGAAGAAACUAGUACCAAUCCUGUGACCUUGGCAGAAGAAAUCCAUACUACUCCCAGAACCUCAGGUGAAGAAACUCGAGUUAUUUCCUUGGCUGAAGAAACCCCUAGUCUUCCCAGAUCCUUGGGAGAAGAAACUCCAGCCAUUUCUGUGGCAGAAGAAACCCUUAGUAUUCCCACAACCUUGGGUGAAGAAACUCCUGUUAUUCCCUUGGCCGAAGCAACCCCUAGUAUUCCCAGAACCAUGGCCGAAGACGCGCCAACUAUUCCCCUGGCAGAAGAAACCCCUAGUAUUCACAGAACCUUGGAUGAAAAAACACCGGCCAUUACCCUGACAGAAGAAACCCAUAGUAUUCCCAGGAGCAAAGAAACUCCAGCCAUUUCCUUGGCAGAAGAAACCCCUAAUAUUCCAAGAACCUUAGGCGAAGAAACUUCAGCCAUUCCUGAAACCUCAAGUGGAGAAACUCCUACAAUUCCUCCCACCUCAAGUGGAGAAACUCCUACUACUACUACAACCUCAAGUGGAGAAACUCCUACAAUUCCUCCAACUUCCAGCGAAGAAACUCCUACCAUUCCCAUACCCUUGGGUCCGGAAACUCUGACCACUCCGACCGUGGUUGAGGAAACCAUGGCCAUUCCUGUAAUCUUGGGCAAGGAUAUUGCAACUGUUCCUGCAACUUCACACGAGGAAACACCGGCUAUUCCGAAAACUUUGGCUGAGGAAAAUCCAACUACCACAAAAUUGGACGAGGAGACUCCAACAAAUCCCGCAACCAUGGGUGAUGAAACUCCAGCCGGUCCCACAACCUUGGGUGAAGAAUCUUCAACUAUUCCUAUGACCUUGCCUGAGGGAACUUUGACUAUCCCGGCAACCUUGAGUGAGGAAGCUUCAACUGUUCUCACAACUAAUGCCGAGGAAACAUCAACCGUUUCUACAACUACUGAAAUGGAGACGUCUCCACCUAAAGUGGCUGGAAGAAAGGAUCAUUCAACUUAGUUUCUCUGCUGUCAAAAUUACUUUGAAAUUUCAGGGGAGAACACAUCCUCAGGUUCAGGUGUCGCCCUGGUAGGCUUUUGAUUCAACUUGAAGAAGGCAACGGAUGGCCCUUGAGCUCGGAUUCGUUUUUUCUCUUGAAUUAUGCUAUAAGCUGCACGCAUGCUCGGACUAGUGUAAUGUAAUAUCAUUUUAGAUGAUUUGACCUUUUCAUGGAUGCCAUCCUUUAGGACUAGGAGACCGCAUUGUAGAAUCAUAGCUGCCGUAUCUAUUAUUCAUGCCCGCUUUAUUGACGGAUGCCAAUGGUGACGAGUUUUCUGAUUUUCA